CUUAACCACUUAGACUAAAAGAAGAUCAAAAAGAAUUUAUUUAUUCCUUCUUUCCCCCAUGGUAUGCGUAGCCUCAACUGUGAUUUCUACAAAUGCCUUUUCAAUGAGUCUCUCUAACUUUAUCUAAUCCUCAGCAUGGAUAUAGUUGGGCAUGCUAUUGACCCUAGAGAGUCCCAAAGGUUCCAAAAGGGUGACCUCAUUAUGAGCACUGGAACGGUUGGUUACAGCGACGGAUGUUCCUACCAGAGUCAUGCAUUGGUACAGGUGGUAAAUUGCUGUAAGAUCGAAUCUGAGAUACCGGUGCUUGGAUUAUCUACCCCUCCAUUCAGUCUCUGUACGGCUGCUUGUGGCCUGUACCUUGAUAUGGGUUUAGCGAAAGUCGCCGACAGAAGUGACGUUGCUGCCACCCACGUGCUUAUAUGGGGUGCCAAUGGAGGGGUAGGCAAGCUUGCUAUUCAGCUUGCUAAAAUCUCUGGCUACAGUGUAGUUGCAGUUACAUCAAGUAAUGAAACUACAGCUCAGGCGCAAACCAGAGGUGCCGACUAUGUCUUUUCUAGGUCAGAUCCAGACCUAAUCGCCAAGAUAAAGUCUGUCGCACCUGAUCAGCGUCUCGCGUUUGAUACGGUUGUUACUGAGGAAACCAUCUCAAAGAUUGUGGACUGUUGUAAGAAGCCGGUAACAGUGGCUACUGCUAUCAAGUACACGGCAGCGCCUAUUGAUGGCGUACAACUCAAGCCAGUGUACAGUGGUGAGAUAAUGGGAAAGACAAUGACGGGCCAGCCCUCUGCGGCCGGUGUUCAGCUUGGUUAUUGGCUUUGGGGGGGCCUCGAUAACUGGUUGGGUAAUGGCCAGAUCAAACCUUUAGAGUAUGAAGCUCUCAAUGGACUCCAAGAAGUUCAAGAAGGACUGGAUAGAUUAAAAUGUGGAAGCGUACAUAAGAAGUUGGUGACCUAUGUCACCUAA